UAUUGUGUGCAUCGUGUUGUUCUUUACUCUCAAUACACUAACCGUGAGCGGGUGGUGGACAACGCCGUGUUGGUACUGGUAUGAUUGGUGUACAACUCCGGAUUCACUGGAGAUGACGCCAACGAGUCCAUCAUGUACCUGGGAUCCUUGGUCAAACUGUUCAGCGGCCUGUGGACCGAGCGGUACAACUUAUAGAGAAUGCAACUCCAUCAAUGGUGUUGAAGUACGAGAAGAUGAAGCCUGUAACAGGUUUUGUUAUAAUAACGGCACUUUAACCAAUGGCUAUUGCGUCUGCACAUUAGACUUCGCUGGUGAAUGUUGCGAUUUACCUGCCGAAGGAGAUGUUGACAUCAGCCACAGUGCAGACGGAAACGACAUUUUGUUCCACUGCGACAUAACUCACCAAACUGCGUCGUCAUCUGUUGAAAUGGUAUUCGAAUGGUUUGUGGCUGAUGAGUUGGUGUUUCAAGAAAGCAUAUCUGGUGAUUCAGCGAGGUCUACAAUGGAUCAGAGUUACUGGGAAGGUCGAAUGGGUUCUCAGAUUCGAUGUGAAGUUGAGAUUAUGGAAGAUGGAGUAAGUGUUGGACGAAAACGAAGUCAACAGUUCUUUGCCGGUGUUACGAUUGAUGCUCCCGAAGUUCUUGAAGUUUACGAAAACAACGACGCAGUGUCAUUCAAUCUCGAGUUAAGCAUACCGUUUUUCUGCGACGCAUUUGAAGAUCAAGAAGAACCCUGUCAAGUCGAGAUACCUUUGAGCGUAUCAGAUAGAAGUGGUCGGUAUGGGACAUAUGUUGAUGUGGUCGUUCAGGGUCAGUGUGGAGCUCAACUGACAACAGAAAACUCAGAAGGACCAGUGGCAGUUACUGUUAAGGCUCGUAGAGACUUUUUCAGUGAUGGCGAUGGGGAAGUGUAUUUGGAAUUUCUCCCGAUAGAGACAACACAUUCCAAACUGUGGGAUGGUUACAAGAUCCCGGGAACAGUCAAAAUAAUAACGUAUGAUCGUGAUAGAAGAAAUCGACAGUGCUGUGGUUCCGGUGAUCCCCAUUACAAUACGUUCGAUAAUAUGUACUUCCACGUGUAUAGGCCAGGUGAAUAUGUUUACUACAAACAUGAAGUACUUCCAUAUGAGAUUCAGACACGCCUUAAAAAGUGUUGGAGUGUAGCCUGUAACUGUGGAAUUUCUGCAAGAGCUGAAGAUGACGUCAUCAUCGUCGAUAAAUGCAAAUUGGUUCAAGAAAGAGUUGUGACCUUCCGAAAUGGUAUGAAGUCGUCUUAUGAGCGCACAAGCUGUAAGUUAACCAUCAAUAUUAUACAAAAUGGAGACAUGACGCCCGGAUUUAAACUGGUAAAGACUAAUGGUGGUCGAACUUAUCAAAUACACUUUCCCAAUGGUGCAUACGUGCAGGCGAGUUUCUGGUCUUCUACUGGUGUAUGUGGAGCUGAUAUAUGCUUCUCCCCGUCCUCUGAUGACAACAAUUGGCAAAACGGUGGGCUCUGCGGAAGUUACGAUGGUGAUUAUUCAAAUGACUUCUUAAAAGGACCAUUCCAUUCCCAAGUGAAGGAGUACCUAGCACCACUGCGAAACAGAGUUGCUCACGACUUUUCAGACACAUGGAGAGUCCCCAAUGGCAAUAAUUUAUUUUACGGAGAAAUGGACGAAGUGGAUAAAAUGGACAAUACGAAAGUGUAUUGCUCUUGUAGCCCGACAAAUGAUGGCGUCGAUGCACAAUGUGACGAUAAUAAAGACAAUGGACGUCCUUCAAAAGCAGGACACGAGAUGGGAACGUGCAAUGCAAGGUACUGUGACGUCACUAACGAGUUCAUUUCCGUCAGUGUUGAGCGUCAAAAGAGGGCGAUAUACAAAAGAGAUAUUGUCGAUGACGAUCUGUUAUUUGAAUACGAAGAGGACUUCGAACCCACGGUCCCUGCUUGGCCGACACCGUCUGGUAUAACUGAGCAAAACGCAACCGAUCACUGCAACGCUCUUGUACUUGGUUCAGCAUCUGCUAAAGCAUGUGAAGGAGCCCUAACUAAGAAUGAAACAGACGACUUCAUUGAAAAUUGUGUUAUUGAUAUUCAGGUAUUGGACGAUCUUGAUCUAGUACAGUCUGCCAUUGCUCUUUUGAAAGACCAGUGUGAAGAAAUUGUGAGCAAAGAUACGGAUCACUGGCAAGUAAAUGAUGAUGGGAUCGCUUCGCUCCCAGCGGCUAUAAUUGGAGCAUUAUGUCCCGCUGAUUGCAGUGGACAAGGCACUUGUAAUGAUGGUGUUUGUGUAUGUGAUGAUGGCUAUGGGGGAACGGACUGCUCUGUUCAUCUCAAUGACGCCCCGGAUGUGUACCGUGGGCAUGAGAAUGGCCUAUGUGAUACAAGUGUAGAGACAUGUUCGCAUGUCUCUAUAUUUGGUGACAAAUUCGUGGAGUCAAUGACCUGUCAUAUAACCAGUAUUAAGAUAUCAGAAACCGGUUUUGAACCAGAAGAAGUAACAAACAAAGAGAACAGUGUAUUCAAGUCUUUUGAAGAAGUCCAGUGUCCUUUCGAGCAACUCACUCGACGACGGCGUGAUGUGGACACACUGAAUCCCAUUGGUGCGUUGAUAUCGGUCAGUAAUGAUGGCACGAAUGAAAGUCCACAAGUCAUUGUAAUUAUAUACAAUGACAACUGCGAUGUAUGUAAUGGAACAGAUGGCUUCUGUUGGCGUAAGCCUGAUAUCUGUAUCGUUGAUGGUGACUGUUAUGCACUCAGUGACCCCAUGUGCCAGUCAAGUUCGAACACAUGGAUUAUUGUUGGUGCUGUGUGUGGAUCAGUAUUUGUAGCUAUUGUUAUCAUUGUUGUCAUUUUGGUCAUCUUAAAAAUGAAAGGGAAAAAGAAGACAACAGUGGAAGCAGGUAUGCAUGGAGCGGUUGAAUAAGUUAUUCCGAUUUUUUGAGAAAUUUGGAUUGUAACUUAUAAGGAAGAUAGCAUGUAGACAAUGCGUCACCAAUAGCUAUGAAAUAUAUCCAAGAUUUAAUAAUCAUAACCCAA